GAUGCAAUUUAGAUGACGAAGCUUUAUUAUCCUAAGUACACUGAUGCAUGGAUUAGCCAAACUGCAUUCUAUACUUGUAUGAUGCUACCAGCACUGAUCUGUUUCCCACCUCCUCUUGGGGCGGUUAUUUGUAAAUUGACAAUGAAAAGCAGCAGGUGAGGCAGUAAGUUGAAGUCAUAGCGAGCCCUGGCAAUUGGAUCAGAUAUUACCGAAUAGGCAGUGUGAAAUCCCGGGUAUUAUUGGCCUGUGAAGAUGUAAAUCUUUGCAAGAGUGCAUUAGGCAGCCUUGGCAGUUAUUUUAAGAGCGUAACUUGGUGUAAGGAAUGUUGGGUAUUUACAGUGUUGGUUUAAUCCACCCCAUCUCAAAAGCCAGCUCAAAUAGCGUCAGAGAAAACCAAUUGUAACUAACCUUAAAUGUGGGAUUCCUAACAAUUUGCCGAGGAAGACCAAACCUGAGUAACCUCUCUUCAACUGGGCAAAUUCCAAACCACUGUGGGAUUUUGGUGGGGUCUUCGUCCUAACAUCAGCCUUGACUCCGAAGUUGUUAUGAGGAGAUUAAGAGAGACUUAAGACGAGGUUUUGUUGGGAAUAAGGUGCUUCCUAACAUUUUUAGAGGCUAAAGCUGUGAAAGCUGUAGAGAAACACUCUUGUGUAGACAUAUAUUGUGGUGUAGGCAAUCUCAGAGUCGUGGAGGCUCAAGACUGGAAUUGUGACUGACAGGCGUUUGAUGGAAAAUUUAGUAAGAAUUGCAUUGCAUAGCAUUUUGGAAUGAUCAAGUUGGACCACAGCUUGUAGAUGAAAAUUUACCAUAGCUUGUAGAUGAAAAUUUUUCAUAUGUACAAUAUUUAUCAGAGCAUCUAGUGCACCAACGUCUCAUCUGGACCAUAUCAGAUUUUCAAGUUCUUCUACAAGACUUGAGCUUCUUAAGCAGUCCAAGUUGACAGCCAUGAUUAAGUUUAAAUAUAAUUGGCUUUGUCAAUCUUCUAAUAUCUUUAUUCAAUUUCAAAGACACCUUGUACGUGUUUCAACUUUGACUGACUCUGAGAUAUCUGAAAUUGAAGAUUCCUAUUCUUCCUCCAUAAUCCAAGUUAAAGAUCUUCUUCGUAAGAGCCAUCAACAUUCAGGUACAGGCCUUCAUGUUCUCGACCUCCUUAACCGUGGCUCUUUGGAACCCGAUAGAAGUUUAUACAAUAAGUUGCUUAAAAAAUGCACCCAUCUAAAGAAACUUAAAGAAGGAAGAAUCGUUCAUGCCCAUAUAUCUGGUUCCGUUUUCAAGGAGGAUCUUGUUAUUCACAACACAAUUCUCAACAUGUAUGCGAAGUGUGGCAGUUUAGAUGAUGCCCGCAAGUUGUUUGAUGACAUGCCUGUUAAAGAUAUGGUUACUUGGACUGCCUUGAUCACUGGCUAUUCUCAGAAUGAUCAACCUGAAAAAGCUCUUCUUUUGUUCCUUCAGAUGUUACGCAUUGGACUGAAACCCAAUCAGUUUACGUUGUCCAGUGUGUUGAAGGCUUCUGGAGCUAAGCCUAGUGAUAAGUUUGGCAUGCAAGUUCAUGCGUUUUCUUUGAAAUUUGGCUACGAUUGGAAUGUUUAUGUGGGAAGUUCUCUUUUGGACAUGUAUGCUCGGUUUGGUCGAAUGAAUGACGCCUGGUUGAUCUUUAAUGAGCUAGAGAGUAAGAAUAAUGUUUCUUGGAAUGCUUUGAUUGCUGGCCAUGCAAGGAAGGGUGAAGGAGAGAUUACUCUCAUGACGUUUUCAAAAAUGUUAAGAAAGGGUUUUGAGCCUACCCAUUUCACAUAUUCCAGUGUUUUUACUGCUCUCGCCAGCACAGGGUCUUUGGAGCAAGGCAAAUGGGUUCAUGCACAUGUGAUUAAAUCUGGUGAAAAACUUGAAGCUUUUGUAGGAAACACUCUGCUUGACAUGUAUGCUAAAUCAGGCAACAUUGAGGAUGCUAAAAAAGUUUUCAAUCAGUUGGUGAAACCAGAUGUGGUUUCUUGGAAUUCAAUGCUUAUUGGAUAUGCCAAACAUGGGUUAGGCAAGGAGGCUGUGAGGUGGUUCGAGGAAAUGCUGAGAAUUGGAGUUGGACCUAAUGAAAUAACUUUCCUUUGUGUUCUUACUGCUUGUAGCCAUGCUGGGCUUUUGGACAAAGGGCAGCAUUAUUUUGAAGUGAUGAAGAAAUAUGGAAUAGAACCCGAGGAAUCACACUAUGUGACAAUUGUUGAUCUUCUUGGUCGAGCAGGCCUUUUUGAUCGAGGUGUGAAGUUUAUAAGAGAAAUGCCGAUAGAACCCACUGCAGCUGUCUGGGGGGCCUUGCUUGGUGCAUGUAGGAUGCAUAAGAAUAUGGAAUUAGGUGCUUAUGCUGCUGAACGUGUUUUUGAACUUGAUCCACAUGAUUCAGGGCCUCAUGUAUUGCUUGCAAACAUCUAUGCCUCUGCUGGCAGACUGGGUGAUGCUGCAAAAGUGAGGAAGAUGAUGAAAGAGAGUGGCGUAAAGAAGGAACCUGCUUGUAGUUGGGUAGAGACCAAGAAUGCAGUCCACAUGUUUGUGGCAAAUGAUGAUGCCCAUCCUCAGAGAGAGGAGAUCCUUCAGAUGUGGGAGGAAAUUAGUAGAAAGAUCAAAGCCAUUGGUUAUGUUCCAGACAGUAGCCAUGUGCUCUUCUAUGCAGACCAGCAGGAGAGGGAAGCGAAGUUGCAGUUACAUAGUGAGAAGCUUGCUCUGGCAUUUGCCCUUAUCAGCACACCUCCUGGAUCCCCUAUUCAGAUCAAGAAGAAUAUCAGAGUUUGUGGUGAUUGUCAUUCGGCCUUUAAGUUUACAUCAACGGUUGUGAAAAGGGAAAUCAUUGUGAGAGACACGAAUCGGUUUCAUCAUUUCUCUAAUGGUUCUUGUUCUUGUGGAGACUACUGGUAAUGCCAGAUAUUAAAUCGCAGUGACCAACAAAAGUAUGAGCUAAGUGUUUGUUCAUAUGAAACAACACAAUUACCCAUCCCUCUGAGAUUAGGAUGGUAUUGGCCAUGAAUUGAAGUUUUAGCCUCCUGACUUUCAACUUGCUACAGGGACAUUCAUAAUGACAAUCAGGAGUAAAGCAAGACCUGAUGGCAAUCUCUUGUCCAAUUGAAUGCAGAAACCCAGAAGGUCCUAUGCAUCUCAAGGAAUUUCAUUUUGGAUAAUGUUGUUAUUCUUUUAUAUGGAAAGCGGGUAAAUUAACAGGGGUGAGAACACAAGUUUUGACAGGUUUAGAUAUUGAAUUCAUUGAAAUCAGUAUAAGAUAUAAUUUGGUUGAA